AUGGAAUCAAAUGAAAUAUCAAAAAAUCAUGUAACACCAAUGCCAUGGAAAAAAUUAAUUGGUGCAUAUGUUUUAUUAUUAUGUGAAGCCAUUUCAACAUCAUCAUUUUUUACAUAUAUAUCACCAUUUAUAAUUUUCCUGGGAGUUACAGAUAAAGCAGAAUUGGUGGGAUAUUAUGCAGGAUUUAUAGCAAGUAGUUUUUCAGCAGCCCAAUUUUUAUCAUCAUUUUUUUGGGGUAAAAUGGCAGAUAGACUUGGACGUAAACCAAUUUUAAUAUUUGGUAGUGUUGGAUCUGUAAUAUCAUUACUUUGUAUUGGUACUAGUAAAUCAUUGGUAAUGUUAAUUUUAUCACGUUCAAUCAAUGGUUUAUUAAAUGGAAAUAUUGGUGUAGUAAAAACUUACAUUGGUGAGUGCACAGAUAAAACCAAUCAAGUUGAAGCAUUUGGUUGGGUUGGUUUAACAUGGGGUUUAGGUUCAAUUUUAGGUCCAUCAAUUGGUGGUUUAUUAGCUGAUCCUGUGAAAAAUAUGUCUUCAAUUUUCAAAGGUUCAAAAUUAUUUGAAUUAUUUCCAUUCUUUUUACCAAAUUUAGUUAUUGCAUUUUUGACUAUCAUUGGUUGUGUUUUCACUCAACUUUACAUGAAAGAAACUUUAGGUAUGAAAAAAUCAAAAACUAUGAUUGGAUUAACAAGUUUGAAAACUUCACCAUCAAUGGUUAAAUUCUCUGAUAAAAUUGAAACUAUUGAACCAAUUAAUCUUUCAACUGGUGGAUUUGAAGAAGAUGAUGAUUAUAAUAAUGAUGAAAAUCAUAAUAUUAAAUCAAUUUUAAGAAAUGGUUCAAGUGAAAUUAAUAUUUCAAAUUCAUCUGAAUACUCAAUUGAAAAUAUUGAUACAGGUUCAAUAUUAACAGUUGGUACAGUUGUAUUAGAUGAGGAUGAAACUGAACAAAUGAAAAAAAAUAUAUUAAAUUCAAUUCAAAAACAAGAACAAAUUACAAUUGACUCAACAACACCAUCAACAACACCAUCAACAACACCAUCAUCACCACCGCCAUCAUCAUCAUCAAGUCUUAAACCUUCCUUAUCAGUUUUUGAAGAUAUGGCAUUAACUGAUAAUAAUACACAUUUCUUAAAAAGAUCAUAUUCAAAAUUAAAAUUAAAAUUUUUCAAAUCAAAAGAUUAUAAAAUGUUGAAUACAAAAAGUAAUGAUAAUACAAAUUCUCCAAUUGAAGAAGGAGGUGCAAGAGGAGGUGAGGAAGGGUUGGAAGAAUCUAAAAAUAUAUUUAAAGAUAAAUCAAUCAUGAAAACUGUAUUAAUUUAUGCGACAGUUGGAUUUAUUUACACAAUGCUUGAUGAAGUAUUUCCAUUAUGGGCAUUCGCACAAGUUUCAAGUGGUGGUUUAUCAAUGACAAGUGGUACAGUUGGUGUUUGUGGUAUUAUUGGUGGUGCAAGUAUAAUUUUUAUUCAAUUAUUUCUUAUAAAACCAGUAACAAGAAAACUUGGUUUAAUUCAAACUUUUAUUUAUGGUUGUUCAAUUGCUUUUUGCUCUUUUCUAUCUUAUCCACUUUUAAAUUUCAUACGAGCGCCUCAUGAAUCAAUUUCAAGUGUAACACAAGAUAUAAUAUUUUGGGUUUCAGUUACAAUUGUAAUUUCAAUUAGAAAUAUUGGUGCUCAAUUAAUUUUUACACCAAUUAUGGCUUUAAUUAAUAAUAGUGCUAAAAUUGCUGUUAGAGGUAGUGCAAAUGGUUUGGGUCAAUCAUUGGUUGCAGCCACUAGAACAGUUGCACCAACUUUAGGUGGAACUAUUUUAUCAUGGAGUUUAACAAAUGGACUUCCAUUUCCUUUAAAUUUUUUCUUUCCUUUUAUUUUAAUGAGUAUUUGCACAAUAAUUCCAAUUAUUACUUCAAAGUUCUUUUUCCCACUUUCUUUAAAUUCUCCAAUUAAUGAAGAUGAUAAUAAUAAUGAUGAUUUAGAGGAAAAUCAAAUACCAACAUUCGAAUAA